AUGAAGUUGAAAGUAAUGCGAACCACAGAUUAUUCCAAAUUGAUAAACUAUCAUCCCUAAUCACAACGAAGAAACAUCUUGCAGUCUAACUUUCAGUACUUGAAGAUGGUCAGCUGUAAAACUCAAUUCCUGCUAGUUUUUGUAUACUUGUGGUUGUGGUGGACUACUUGUAGCCACGUUAUUUCUGCAAAGCACAGUUUGAAGCCCGGAGAAAAACUAAAUUCCAAAACCAAUAUUUGUUCAGAAAACGGUAUAUAUUGCAUUAGUUUUUCUUCAUCAACUGGAGACUGUUACUUGCAAAUAGUUAGGAAAAGAGGAGAUAGUUGGAGUGUGUGGUUUGCUAAUAGAAAUGAACCUGUUGACGCGGAAUCCGCAGUUCUGUUGCUAGAUCACUCUGGUGUACUGAAAAUAGAAUCAAAACACAGGGAAUUACCCAUCAUUCUUUACUUUUCACCUCAACCAGCCAACAACACUAUGGCCACACUCUUAGAUACAGGCAACUUUGUGCUGCAACAGCUUCACCCCAAUGGAACAAAGAGUGUGCUGUGGCAAAGUUUUGAUUAUCCUACUGAUAAUUUGCUCCCCGGGAUGAAGUUAGGAGUCAGUUACAAAACUAGUCAUAAUUGGUCACUAGUUUCAUGGCUAACUUCUGAAAUCCCAAAUCUUGGAGCUUUCAGUCUUGAAUGGCAACCCAGAACAAGAGAAUUGAUCAUCAAGCGACGAGAACAAUUGUGCUGGACAAGUGGAGAACUGAGAAACAAAGAGGGAUUCAUGCACAACACACACUACAGGAUUGUAUCAAACGAAAACGAAAGCUACUUCACAAUUACAACUUCAAAUGAAGAGCUUACAAGAUGGGUGCUAUUAGAAACUGGGCAGCUGAUAAAUCGGAAUGGAGGCGAUGACGUUGCGAGGGCCGAUAUGUGUUAUGGAUACAACACAGAUGGAGGGUGCCAAAAGUGGGACGAGAUACCCAUCUGCAGGCAUCGUGGCGAUGCAUUUGAGGACAGGUUAGGUUACCCCAGUACAAACAUGGAAAGCUAUCUAGCAAACUCGAGUUAUGGCCCAAGUGAUUGUCAGGAUAUUUGCUGGAAAAAUUGCAGUUGUAUUGCAUACAGUGAUUAUGAUGGUAAUAAUGGAACUGGCUGUACAUUCUAUCAUUGGAAUUCAACCAAAGGUACUAAUUUAGCAAGUGGCGGCAUGAAGUUUCGCUUAUUGGUAAAGAACACCGAUCACAAAGGUACAAAAAAGUGGAUAUGGAUAACUAUUCUAAUAGUAGCAACUCUAGUUGUAAUCAGCGCUUUCGUUCUGUUUCUGGCCUUGAAGAAUAGAAAACUUUUGUUUAAAGAGGAAAGAAGAAAAGGAAUGAAGACUAAUAAGAUGACAGAUUUAGCAACUGCAAAUAGAUUCUAUGAUGUCAAAGAUCUUGAAGAUGAGUUCAAGAAGAGACAGGAUCUAAAAGUAUUAAACUAUACAUCAGUACUGUCAGCAACCGAUGAUUUUUCAACUGAAAACAAGUUAGGACAAGGAGGCUUUGGGCCUGUUUAUAAGGGAAUCCUACCAACUGGGCAAGAAGUUGCCAUCAAAAGACUUUCAAAAACAUCUACACAAGGAAUUGUGGAAUUCAAAAAUGAACUAAUGCUUAUAUCUGAACUUCAGCACACGAAUCUUGUACAGCUACUUGGAUUCUGCAUUCAUGAAGAAGAGAGAAUUCUAAUUUACGAGUAUAUGCCAAACAAAAGCUUGGAUUUCUAUUUGUUCGAUUGCACUAGAAGCAUGUUACUAGACUGGAAGAAGCGCUUCAACAUAAUAGAAGGGAUGUCUCAAGGAAUACUCUAUCUUCAUAAGUACUCAAGACUAAAAAUCAUUCACAGAGACUUGAAAGCUAGUAACAUACUACUUGAUGAGAAUAUGAACCCAAAAAUUUCUGAUUUUGGAUUGGCAAGAAUGUUUAUGCAACAAGAGUCCACAGGAACUACUAGUAGGAUUGUUGGGACAUAUGGGUACAUGUCUCCUGAAUAUGCCAUGGAAGGAUCUUUCUCGACAAAAUCUGAUGUCUAUAGCUUUGGAGUGUUGCUACUUGAAAUUGUCAGUGGGAGAAAAAACACUAGUUUCUAUGAUGUUGACCACCUUUUAAACCUAAUUGGACAUGCAUGGGAAUUAUGGAAUCAAGGUGAGUCUCUACAGUUAUUGGACCCAUCACUAAAUGACUCUUUUGAUCCUGAUGAAAUGAAAAGAUGCAUCCAUGUUGGUCUCUUAUGCAUAGAACACUAUGCAAAUGAUCGACCUACAAUGUCUAAUGUCAUAUCAAUGUUAACAAAUGAAAGUGCACCAGUUACCUUACCCCGAAGACCAGCAUUAUAUGUGGAAAGAAAAAAUUUUGAUGGCAAAACAUCUUCCAAAGAGUUAUGUGUAGACUCUACAGAUGAAUUUACUGCUUCCACUUAUUAAUAACGUUAUACCAUGAGAUAUUUAUUUUUUCCUUAUUUUCAUUUCUAGCUGAUUUAAUUUAGAAUUAUUUCUAUA